CGGGACGGGGGCGAGGGCUUGGGUGGCCGGGGCCUGGGCUGAAGCGACCCGGGGCAGGGUGAGGAUGGCCAGCGGGGUAAGGCGGGGUCAGGAAAGGCGACAUGGGGCUUCUUGUCUCUCCAGUGGAGCCUUGGAACAGAGAUGACUCACGUGCGUAUAGCGACUUAGUUUCAAGGCGUUUACAGGAGGUUUAACUUAGUUUAUCUUGUGUGAGAUUCAUACGGUGGAAGGGCAGACGGGAAACAAUAUGCGAAUGAAGACAGACUCUGCUUCGGUGUCUUGCCUCAGAUGACUCAGAUUUUGGAUCAAAACCAGCCCAGUGUAUUUCUGCCACUCCGGCUCCCUAAGGUGGUACUGGGGCCCCCAGCUGACCCUACGGCGGGGUGGGGGCGGGUUUCCACCGUCAGCUCUAGCAGGUACCUGUGCGGUAAAGAGGGAGCUGCUGCCGACCAUCCCGGAGGUCCACACAUGGAAUGUUUGUUGCAAAGUGGAUAUAUUUACAGCCCAGCUUAACAGGAUUCUUGGGGUUUUCCAAGAAGAUGAAGUAUUCAGAUGACUUACAAGUUACUAGCCUGUAGCAAUAAACUGUUUACCCAGAGAAGUUCUGUAGGUUAAACAUGUGCGGCAUCCCCCGGCGUUGUAGUGGAGCUUGUGACAUUCUGGCCAUUGACAAGUCCCUGGCACCAGUCACCCUGGUCCUGGCAGAGGAUGGCACCAUAGUGGAUGAUGAUGAUUACUUCCUGUGUCUUCCUGCCAAUACUAAGUUUGUGGCAUUGGCUGGGAAUGAGAAGUGGACGUACAACAAUUCAGAUGGCGGUACGGCUUGGAUCGCCCAAGAGUCCUUUGAUAGAGAUGAAACAGACAGCGGGGCAGGGGUGAAGUGGAAGAACGUGGCCAGGCAGCUGAAAGAAGACCUGUCCAGCAUCAUCCUCCUGUCCGAGGAGGACCUCCAAAUGCUCAUUGACGUCCCAUGUUCAGAGCUGGCUCAGGAACUCGGCCAAAGUUGUGUCGCAGUCCAAGGGCUCCAGAACACCCUCCAGCAGGUACUCGACCAGAGAGAAGAAGCCCGUCAGUCCAAGCAGCUCUUGGAGCUUUACCUCCGGGCUUUGGAGAAGGAGGGCAGCAUCCUGUCGGAGCAGCCAGAGUCCAAAGCUGGCCUCCGUGAUGAGACGGAUGUAGUUGACAUGGGCAGCAGAGACAACUCCUCCGAAACUGCACUUACGAGCCAGAUCCUUACCACGCUGAAGGAGAAACCCGCCCCAGAGCUGAGUUUGUCUAGUAAGGAUUUGGAGCUGGUUGCCAAUGAGGACCCUAAAGCAUUGGCUGUUGCUUUGAACUGGGACGUAAAGAAGACAGAAGCCGUUCAACAGGCCUGUAAGCAAGAACUUAGCCUGCGCCUCCAGCAGGUACAGAGCUUACAUUCUCUGAGGAGCAUUUCUGCAAGGCGGAGUUCACUGCCUGGAGAAGUGCAAACUCCCAAACGAGCCAAACGAGACCCCACAUAGCCGGCAGCCAGAAAUAUGCCGAAGAAAACCUUGAGUUUUGUGUCCGUGUCAAUAAAUAAAUACCUUCAG